CUAGUGCCAUGCUCCAUUUUGAAAACCGAUUCUUGGCGGUUCGGGUAAGUCUAAAGCAGAUAUGUCACUUUUCUAGGAAGACAAUUUUUGAUUGAACAGUUAUUCGCUUUUAUCGUUCUACGAGGAGUUACAAAAUUUGAAAACGCAUUGAAGAACAAAUAAAGCAAAACAAAGUUUCCCAAAACCAACCAUAUAGCGGUGCCCGACUUGCUUUGGAUAGCAAGACAGGAAGCUGUCAUGUUUGGAUCAACUCCGAAAACUCCUUUUGGCACUGGGGGGUUUGGAAACACAAGUUCUAGUUUAUUUGGAGCCAAAACACAGGCAACAUCAGCUUUCGGAACACCAAGCUUUGGAAAUACAUCAUCUGCAUUUGGUGGCGGAACCUCUACUUCUGGUCUCUUUGGCAGUAGCAAUGCUGGCAGCAGUCUGUUUUCACAACCAUCAACACAGCAAUCAACAGGUUUUUCCUUUGGUCAGCAGAAAACUGGUGGGCUUUUUGGGACCAGCACUCAAUCUUCAAAUUUCUUUCAAACACCACAGACCACCAGUACCUUUGGAGGGUUUGGCACAAAUACAGCUGCAGGGACAACCUCCACUGGGUUGUUUGGAAGCAGUUUUGGGACAAGUACUUCAAAUCCAAUAGGAGGAGGAGGAGGACUCUUUGCUGGAAGUUCAGCUUUUGGCAGUGCUGCACCAAAUGGAACAACUGUGAAGUUUAAUCCUGUCACUAGUACCGAGAGUGUCAACAAAAAUGGCACAAGUAUUAAUGUGCAAACCAAGUACCAAUGUAUCACUUCAAUGAAAGAAUACGAGUCAAAAAGCAUUGAGGAAUUGCGUUUUGAAGAUUACACUGCAGGAAGAAAGACAGGAUCAAAUGCAUCGUUAUUUGGCAGCAGCACAAACAAGCAGCAACCAUCGUUGUUUGGAUCAAGUGCAACAACUGGAUUCGGCCAGAAUAAAACAGCAACAUUUGGAGGAUUUGGUCCUACAGCAACUACAAGCUCUUCACUGUUUGGUCAGUCUAACCCAAGUGGAGGAGGUCUUUUUGGCAGCAAGCCGAUAGGUACUGGCUCUAUUUUUGGUGCAACUACGACAACUACCAAUUCUGGGUUCGGUUUAGGAACAAGUGGUGGUUUGUUUGGGCAGACAAGCACUACAGGACCACGUUUUGGCUCAACUGGCACAGCAACUGGGGGACUUUUUGGUGCCAGCACAGGUUUUGGUGCAGCGCAGAAGACAUCAACUACUGGCGGUCUGUUUGGGACUAGCACCUCGACGUUUGGUCAGCCACAGUCUGGUGGUCUAUUUGGUGCGACGUCUAAACCAUUCACUUUUGGAACUACAAGUUCCGGAACAUCAACAUUUGGAGGGAACACGUUUGGCACCACUGGUGCAACUGGGUUGUUUGGAUCGACGGCUACAUCGAAGCCAGCAUUUAGCUUCAACCCGUCAGGUACCUCUGGGUUUGGGUCCACUCUUGGAAGUUUUGGAACCAGUACGUCACUAGGAUCUGGUGGAUUGUUUGGUUCAAGCACCGGUACAACAACCGGUGGAGGGUUAUUUGGUGGACAGACGAGCACAGGGUUCGGAACCGGACUGGGAGGAACCUCUGGUUUUGGUUCAACUCUCGGUGGUACCACAGCCAUAGGAGGUUUAGGUGGACUUGGUGCAGCAACUGGACUAACGGGAAACCAGAAUCUUGCUGGGCUCACUGGCGUCAACCAGGCCAGCUUUGCCGCGUUUCAGCAGCAGCAAGUUCUUCAGCAACAACUCAAGGCAUUGGCAAAUUCUCCUUUCGGUGACUCUCCCCUCUUCAGAAAUUUAACGGCUUCAAGAAAAAACGAUUCAAAUGUUACCGUACCAGUACCUUCGUCUAAGUCUGCUACAGCGUCCUCACAUUACAAGGUUUUUUCAAAACCCGCAAUUAAGGUCAGAAUGAAAUCUUCUCCAUUCUUGGCCUCAACAAAGACAUCUCUAUUUGACGGAAUUGGUGAUGACUAUUGCGAAGAAGACGCUAAUCUCACCCCAAGGAGAAGUGUGAAGAAACUGGCCAUUAAAGGCAAAUCGAAGGGGUAUUUAAAUGGCACUGUGGAAAGCUCUCCACUGCGUUUGCGAAGCACAACUGAUGUUGAUUAUGAUGACUUGGUAUCAAGGAUUCCUGCAAUGCCAAGAUUGCCAGCCGAUAGUCAGUCUGAAAAGGUGCCUACUGAAAAUACAGUAACGUCUCCCAUAUUGAAUAUUGUCAAAGAGAAAGCUGAUGAAAAUAAGGAAACAUCCGUCAAUGAAGCCGAUAGCACAGUGGAUAGCAGUGAUGCGGAGGAGCAUUCAGAUUCUGAUGAAGAAACGGAAAACCCUUGCGGAAUUGUUUUGAAAAGGCCUGAAUACUACACAAUCCCUUCUACCAAAGAAUUGAAUAAAAUGGAUCUCAGUGAUGGAAAAUGCCUUGUCGAGAACUUCAUUGUUGGUAGAGAAGAUUAUGGUGAAGUUAAGUUUUUGGGAACUACAGAUGUGAAAGAUUUGAAUCUGGACAAAAUUGUCUUCUUCAGAAGAAGAGAAGCAGAAGUGUACCCGGACGAUUAUACAAAUAAACCAGAAGUUGGAAAAGAAUUAAACAAAAAAUCAGAAAUCAGCCUUCACAAAGUCUGGCCUAAUGACAAAACGUCGCAUACACCAAUAAAGAGUCCAGAACGAUUAAAGAAAUCCGGAUUCAUUGAGCGUUUGGAAGAGAAGACAUCUGCUCUUGGUGCCAUGUUUUUGGACUAUAAGCCCGAUCAAGGAACAUGGGUGUUUCAGGUGGAACAUUUUACCCGAUACGGUCUCAAUGAGCAGCUUUAUGAAGAGGACAGCAAGCAGAUCAUUCUAAAGAAGCUCAAGAUGGCUGCUGCACAGAAGGCAGAAGCAAUAAGACAAGAAAUGGAAACUGAGAAACAGAAUAAAAUGCUAAUCGAUGAGGAAUCUCAAAAAGAAAAAUUAAAACAAAAACAGAGUGCCAUCUUGACAAGGCCAAUUGUGGAGGGGGAGUUAAUGGACGAGGAAACAACCAUGGCAGGAGCGGAUUCUGAUGCAGAAAAUGAUAAAGAAGAUGCAUUUUCGACAAGCAUUCAAACUGCAAAGAUAUCUGGCGUAGAUCCACAGAGGCUUCAAGGAAUGAAAGCGCUUCUCUUUGGUGAUGAUGAUGAUGCUGGCGAUUUUCUUAGCCCGAGGGAAAAGUCUCUUUUAGCAAACAAAUCUAUAAUAAGUGCUGGGGUUCGAGAGGCUCAGCUGAUAGAAAGAUUUGACCAAACCAAUGGAAGGGUUGACAAGAGCAAUUCAACUAUUUCCUUGUUUUCUGAAAGACUUCCAAGGGCAGAUAGUCCUAUGACUGUCACAAGGCGUACAAAGUUAUUGAAGACGUCACAUUUAGAUGAGGAAGAAGGAAAAUUUGUAGAUUUUGCUGACUCGAAUCGGUUGCUUUUCUCCUCGACAACCAGAUUUUCUCAUAAAGAGGCUCAAGCCCAAAUCAUUACCGCAAAACGAAAAGCGUUUCUUGUUCCUCGUCGAUUAUCAUGUUUGCAGUCAAAGGAAGCCCAUAUCAGUGAUGCUGGUCUUUCAAAUGGCCGCAGAAGUCGUGUUGGAUGGGGCCCAAAGCUACAUCUGUUUCAUGCCGGUGGUCCCCUAGGGAGUGAAAUUGAUGGUCUCAAAAGUGCCACAAAAGAACAGGCCGUGUUGCUUGGUUUUGAUGGUAAUGCCUCGCGCGCCUUGCCUUCCUCCCCUUUCACGGUUACAGUGGAAAAGAUUUGCAUCGGUGAUGAAAAGGAUGAUCAUUCUUAUCUUGUUGAAUGCCUUCAAAAUGUCUUGAAACAUAGUAAAGUGACUGCUGAAAACGAAGAACCUCCUUUCGUUGAAACUGUUGAGGGGGUAAACGCUCUGCACGCCUUUGCUGAAUUAACCGAAAAAUAUCUAAAUAAUAAAGAUGCCAUGGAUUAUGCAAACAUACAGUACCAACAUGCUGUUGUUUGGGAUCUCGUCAAAGCUCUCUGGGGGCGUCUCGAAAAUACAGACCAUGUAAAACUCUCCUCCUACCAGUCUCAAGUGCACAGAAGACAUGCAGUUUCAAAAUGGUUGUCAAAAAUUGUCGAGAAAGAAAUCAAGAAGGAAAUUGAUAGUUUAAAGACAAAGGAUUCAGGCCAUCUUGAUGCGAUAUUCAGUCUUCUAAGUGCUCGGAAAAUCCGCGAAGCUUGUGAGCUUGCCUGUCAGAACCGCGAAUACCGCCUUGCCUUGCUACUUUCUCAAGCAUCCGGCGAUUUACAAAUGAAGCAUUUGCUCAGAAAACAGCUGGAUGAAUGGAAAACGUCAUUGGCUGACAAAUUUAUGAAUGCUUCGAGGCUGAAAAUUUAUCAGCUGUUAUCUGGUCUGAUGGUUUGGAUGUCUGCCCACGGUGACCUCAACCUCUGCGAGAAUCUUGACUGGAAGCGAUCUUUCGCUUUGCAUUUAUGGUUUUUCUGUUCAACAACAUCUUCGAUUUCAAAAGGUUUGGAAGAAUAUAGGAAUGCUUUCAAGGGAACAGACACUUACUCGCCUUACGCAGCGCCUCCAAAGCCAUGCUAUGCCACAGACAGAUGCGCAAUGGUUGACAAUGAAGACCUUGAAGCACAAAGACAACCCAAAGACAUUUGUUACCAUAUUUUGAAAUUAUACAGCAAAAGAUCACAUCGCUUAGAAAGAGUUCUGUGUCCCAAUACCCACACAGAAGAUCCUCUUGACUAUCAGUUAUGCUGGCAAUUGCAGCAAGUUUUAGAGUCAUUGGGCUACACCCACCUGUCAGAAUCCUACUGUGGUCUCAUUCAAACAAGCUUUGCAUCACAAUUGGAGACUUAUGGCCUGUGGGAAUGGGCAGUUUUUGUCCUUUUGCAUAUCAAAGAAAAUAAAAGACGCGAAACUGCUGUUCGAGAGGUUUUAUCAAGACACUGCUGCAUACAAGAAGAUUUUAAUAAGCUCACAGAGAAGGAGCUCUUGCUGAUCAAGUCCUUGAAAGUACCUGCAACAUGGAUUUAUGACGCAAAGGCCCAGCAUGCUCGCUAUAGUGGAAAAACCCAAGACGAAACAUUUUAUUUACUAAAAGCAGAAAGAUGGAGUGACGCACAUGAGGUGCUUGUGAAAUAUCUGGCAGCAGAUGCAAUCAUUGAUGGUGACUACAGAUUUUUGAAAGAGGUCUUAUUAGAACUGACACUACCUGAGCGUAUGUGCACGAUUAAGAACUGGAAGCAAGCGGGACAGGUUUUUCUGGAUUACAUUCUAUUACGUGAAAAGCUUUUGCAACUUGAAAAGGGAACCUUGGUUGUAACUGCAUAUAAUCUAGAGGACUUGCGUUGUGACGUCACCGCUUUAAUUAAUAUGAUCAGCAACAUGAAAGCGAAUUCUUCCAAAGAGAGGCUGGCGCAUGCUGAAAUGGGCAAGACUGCCUCAAAUCUAUUGAAGAUCAUCAUUUGUGAAUUAGCAGAGCAGGGAGUUCAAGUUAGUGACGAGGAAACGGAAAUUGUAGACAAGAAAUACUCCUGGUCCUUGUGUCAAGUGGCUCCUUUUAUUGCGACGUUGCCGCUGCCGCCAGACUAUAUACAACAAGAACUCGAAGAGUUUGUUUGUAACACUGAGAGAAACCUGCCAAUGUCGCCUUGAAUAUUCGUAGGGAAUGGUACAUGGUAGAAGACCUAUUGGUUCUGCGAUAAAUCUUCAAAGUUAAUUGUACCUUAUUUUAUAAUUGUGAGUAGAUAGGUAGAGGUAGUGUUGCAAUAAAGAUAAAAAGUUGUGUCGGUAACUUUCUGUGGUAUAUAAGCAGUGUAAUUGUCAAGUGAAAUUCUUGGUAAAUAUGAUCCUAGUCUGUAUGUAAAUGUCGAAAAUUAAGUCGCAUUUAGUAGAGUGACUUUUGCCAGCGCUAGGUAACCCUCGUUGCAUCAUGUGCAUAUAGAGAUUGAUAGUCAAAAGUCCUUGCUAAAGUAUUGACUCAUUAAAUGUAUAAUAUUAUUUCAGCAAAUUGAACCCAUCGCAGAAACUGAAUUAACUUUAGUUGUAUUUUGUUUAAUUUCUGUAUUUCUUAUUUUGUCCGUUGCUCUAUUUUUGCUAAGAUGCAUUUAUAGUAUGUCCAUGUUUGUCGAACACAUUACAACCCUUGGCCUAGCAGCUUAAGUGCAGUUAUAAUUAGCAGGAGGAGUGGAAAAUUUUUCGAUUUUUCAUCAUGAACCACAAAUAAUCAGCUAGAUAGGUUAUUCUAUAAAGAUCCAUUGUCAAAAUUAUUUAUUUACACAAUGCCCGUAAUUAUCCACUCAUGACUUUCACCUUUGCGAAGCUUAAUGGAAAACAUUUGUUGUCAAUGGGAAGACUGGAUACUUUUGCACAGAUGUGGACACUUUGUUAAAUAUUAGGGUGGCGGGGGGGGGGGGGGGGGGGGCAAUCCUGUUUAUUUGAUAAGAUGACGUCAAAUUUCCCCCAUUGUUUUAGAACAAAAGUUCAUUGUCCUUCAAAAUAUUAGAGGCGACCGCUCCCUCGCCCCCCUCCCCCAGGUGUCCGCCACUGCUUUUGCAGACAUUAGCCUUGCUGUUUUGAUGUAAUUCAUAGUCGUCUCUUGAUACUUAAACGUUUUCUAGACAUUAGAAGUCUAUUCCGAGACUGUUAUUAUUGAGAAGAUCUGUGUAUCAUCAUAGCUUGUAAGAGGUCAUAUGCUUAUUGUCAAUCUUUAUUUAAGAAUACGACAAGAAAGGUUUUUUCUGCUCCGUUCUUAUCUGCAUUGAUUUCACAAGCCACGUUCUGCAGCCGUCAACUUUCAGGGACACUGAAGUUAUAGUUGUUUUGAAUCUAUUUUGUAUCUAUAAGAAGCAUGCUUUAUUGCAAAAAGUUAAGGAUAGGAGUGAAAGAUACACAUUCAAGAUGAUUUAUAGCAGCUGUUAAUCGCAGUGUGAAAUCUCACUUCCUUAACAAAAAGUAAUAAAUUUUCUACAUAAGUAUAGAUACCUAAGAUAAAAUAAUGUCGGUUACAUU